CCCUCUCCCUGCCCGGGCUCUGCAGAAAAGGAAACUAAGGCACAGAGAGACCCCCCCCCCCUCACCCAGGGCAGGCGGCAGCCGUGGGGAGGAUCCACUCAGGGGUCCCGCACCUCAGCACCCACUGAAGCCCCCAAAAGAAACUGGGUGAUGAUGCCCAGGCUGUGAACCGGGACGGCAGCGCUGUGAGGGCUGCCAGCAGCCGGGGCUGGGGAGAGACAUGUGGACACGUAGCCCCUAUGGCUCCUGCCUGCCAUUUGCUCCGCUGGGCCCUCACCCUGGGGCUGGGCCUCACCUUCGAAGUCACACAUGCCUUCCGAUCUCAAGGUGAGUUCCUGUCCAGCCUGGAGAGCUAUGAGAUUGCCUUCCCCACCCGCGUGGACCACAACGGGGCGCUGCUGGCCUUCUCACCGCCUGUCCCCCGGAGGCAGCGCCGGGGCGCAGGGGCCACUGCCGAGGCCCGCCUGUUCUACAAGGUGUCCGCACCCAGCACCCACUUCCUGCUGAACCUGACCCACAGCCCCCAUCUGCUGGCAGGCCACGUCUCCGUGGAGUACUGGACACGGGAGGGCCUGGCCUGGCAGAGGGCAGCCCGACCUCACUGCCUCUACGCCGGCCACCUGCAGGGCCAGGCCGGCAGCUCCCAUGUGGCCAUCAGCACCUGCGGGGGCCUGCAUGGCCUGAUAGUGGCAGACGAGGAAGAGUACCUGAUUGAGCCCCUGCAAGGCGGGCCCAAGGGUCCCCGGGGACCGGAGGAGAGCGGCCCCCACGUGGUGUACAAGCGUUCCUCACUGCGUCAUCCCCACCUGGACACAGCCUGUGGAGUGAGAGACGAGAAGCCGUGGAAGGGGCGGCCGUGGUGGCUGCGCACCCUGAAGCCGCCGCCCGCCAGGCCCCUGGGGAACGACACGGAGCGAGGCCAGCCGGGCCUGAAGCGCUCCGUCAGCCGAGAGCACUACGUGGAGACCCUGGUGGUGGCCGACAAGAUGAUGGUGGCGUACCACGGGCGCCGAGACGUGGAGCAGUAUGUGCUGGCCAUCAUGAGCAUUGUUGCCAAACUUUUCCAGGACUCGAGUCUGGGAAACACCGUGAACAUCCUGGUAACCCGUCUCAUCCUGCUCACCGAGGACCAGCCCACCCUGGAGAUCACCCACCAUGCCGGGAAGUCCCUGGACAGCUUCUGUAAGUGGCAGAAAUCCAUCGUCAACCACAGCGGCCAUGGCAACGCCAUUCCAGAGAACGGUGUGGCCAACCAUGACACAGCAGUGCUCAUCACGCGCUAUGACAUCUGCAUCUACAAAAACAAGCCCUGUGGCACGCUAGGUCUGGCCCCCGUGGGCGGGAUGUGUGAGCGAGAGAGAAGCUGCAGCAUCAACGAAGACAUCGGGCUGGCCACGGCGUUCACCAUCGCCCACGAGAUCGGGCACACGUUCGGCAUGAACCACGAUGGUGUGGGCAACAGCUGUGGGGCCCGUGGCCAGGACCCCGCCAAGCUCAUGGCCGCCCACAUCACCAUGAAGACCAAUCCGUUUGUGUGGUCCUCGUGCAGUCGCGACUACAUCACCAGCUUUCUGGACUCCGGCCUGGGGCUCUGCCUGAACAACCGGCCUCCCAGACAGGACUUCGUGUACCCCACGGUGGCACCGGGCCAGGCCUACGAUGCCGACGAGCAGUGCCGCUUCCAGCAUGGCGUCAAAUCGCGUCAGUGUAAAUACGGGGAGGUGUGCAGCGAGCUGUGGUGUCUGAGCAAGAGCAACAGGUGCAUCACCAACAGCAUCCCGGCCGCCGAGGGCACGCUGUGCCAGACGCACACCAUCGACAAGGGGUGGUGCUACAAGCGGGUGUGUGUCCCCUUCGGGUCUCGGCCGGAAGGCGUGGAUGGGGCCUGGGGUCCGUGGACCCCGUGGGGCGACUGCAGCCGGACGUGUGGCGGCGGCGUGUCCUCUUCCAGCAGGCACUGCGACAGCCCCAGGCCAACUAUCGGGGGCAAGUACUGCCUGGGUGAGAGACGGCGGCAUCGCUCCUGCAACACCGACGACUGUCCCCCGGGCUCCCAGGACUUCCGGGAAAUGCAGUGCUCCGAAUUUGACAGCGUUCCUUUCCGUGGAAAAUUCUACACGUGGAAAACCUACCGAGGGGGGGGCGUGAAGGCCUGCUCGCUCACCUGCCUCGCAGAAGGCUUCAACUUCUACACCGAGAGGGCGGCGGCUGUCGUGGACGGGACGCCCUGCCGUCCGGACACGGUGGACAUCUGCGUCAGCGGCGAGUGCAAGCACGUGGGCUGCGACCGGGUCCUGGGCUCGGACCUGCGAGAAGAUAAAUGCCGAGUGUGCGGGGGCGACGGCAGCGCCUGCGAGACCAUCGAGGGCGUCUUCAGCGCAGCCUCACCUGGGGCCGGGUACGAGGACGUCGUGUGGAUCCCCAAAGGCUCCGUCCACAUCUUCAUCCAGGACCUGAACCUGUCCCUCAGUCACCUGGCCCUGAAGGGUGAUCAGGAGUCCCUGCUGCUGGAGGGGCUGCCGGGGACCCCCCAGCCUCACCGCCUGCCCCUGGCCGGGACCACCUUUCAGCUGCGGCAGGGGCCCAACCAGACGCAGAGCCUGGAAGCCCUGGGACCCAUUAACGCCUCCCUCAUCGUCAUGGUGCUGGCCCGGACAGAGCUGCCUGCUCUCCGCUACCGCUUCAACGCCCCUAUCUCCCGCGACGCGCUGCCGCCUUACUCCUGGCACUAUGCGCCCUGGACCAAGUGCUCCGCCCAGUGCGCGGGUGGCAGCCAGGUGCAGGCUGUGGAGUGCCGCAAUCAGCUAGACCGCUCGGCAGUGGCCCCACACCACUGCAGCGCCCACAGCAAGCUGCCCAAGAGGCAGCGCGCCUGCAACACGGAGCCCUGCCCGCCGGACUGGGUCGUAGGGAACUGGUCACGCUGUAGCCGCAGCUGUGAUGCGGGCGUGCGCAGCCGCUCCGUAGUGUGCCAGCGCCGUGUGUCGGCGGCCGAGGAGAAGGCGCUGGACGACAGCGCCUGCCCGCAGCCGCGUCCGCCAGUGCUGGAGGCCUGUCACGGCCCCGCGUGCCCUCCGGAGUGGGCGGCCCUCGACUGGUCUGAGUGCACCCCCAGCUGUGGGCCUGGCCUCCGCCACCGCGUGGUACUUUGCAAGAGCGCAGACCAGCGAGCCACACUGCCCCCUGCACACUGCCCACCCGCCGCCAAGCCACCUGCCACCAUGCGCUGCAACUUGCGCCGCUGCCCCCCAGCCCGCUGGGUUGCCGGCGAGUGGGGCGAGUGCUCUGCGCAGUGCGGCUUCGGGCAGCAGCAGCGCUCUGUGCGCUGCACCAGCCACACCGGCCAGCCAUCGCGCGAGUGCCCCGAGGCCCUGCGGCCGCCCGCCACACAACAGUGUGAAGCCAAGUGUGACAGCACGCCCCCUGGGGACAGCCCCGAAGAGUGCAAGGACGUGAACAAGGUCGCCUACUGCCCCCUGGUGCUCAAAUUUCAGUUCUGCAGCCGAGCCUACUUCCGCCAGAUGUGCUGCAAAACUUGCCACGGCCGCUAGGGGGAGCGCGGCACCCGGAGCCACAGCUAGGGAGACCCGGCUGCAGCCUGUUCCCCCUCCCGCACCGAGGGAGCCCCAGGGGGUGGGGAGCUGGGAAUGGAGGGUGAGAUGCAACCGGAAGUUAUUUAUUGGGAAUCCCUGCAGGGCCCCUGGCUGGGGGAUGGAGAAGGGCUGGUGACCUCCACCCUCCCAGGGCCCCUCUUCAGCCCCUCUGUCAGUUCACAUAGUGAGACCCCCGCCCCCAACUCCAGAGUAGGCCUGGGGAGAAGGCACAAGUGUUCAGCCCAGCGCCUUCUGCACCCACCUUUGGGAAUGCCAGUGUUCCCCACUCCCCCUGUGAUCGGAAUACGUACUGUGAAGAGUGGGGGUGGGGAGGGGUCUGCAGGUGCCCUGCCCCCAGCACUGCCUGACCUGGGGUGAGGCGGCAGGACAGGUCUGCGCCCCCUGCAGGGGAAUUACUACAGCUGCCCUUGAGCUGAGCGGUGGGGGGAGAUCCGCCCCAGCCCCUGCCCUGCGUGCCCAGGGAGGACCCCACCAUCCAGGCCACCCCGUCACGGUGCUAACAGGCCCUGCCCUGGGGCCCACACCCUCCUUGCCAGGAAGCCCUACUUCAAUAAAGUCCUGUCUUGUGUAGA